AUGCUAUCCUUAAAUCGAGAUAACUUGAUUUGGGGAGAUUUUGCCUCCAAAGUUCGUACGUUCCAGAGAGGCUUCAUGGGUGAGCCAAAAGAAGUAAGACGAGGCAGGGGCAAGUUUCACGAAAACUCAUCUUCCCGUCUUUGUGAAGAUUCUGUGGCGAUACCAAAGAUGGAUGUGGAUUUGCUAAAGCACGGAAAUGGAUAUAUCACCACUAAGAAAGACAAAGAUAUAACAUCUAAAACUCAAAAUAUGGAUGAUGACCUAGAAUGGUUUGAUCUUGAAUACGAUGAAGAUCCAAGUAAUGAGCAAGAAAAUGAUGAGAAAAAUGAGUGA